GAUAGUGUGAUAGUCUGGCUGGAUACCUACCCAAUCCCGUGCGUAAAAGAUAUUUUGGAAAGCUACUUGGAUAUCCAAAAGUAGCUUUUUAAAUGACCUACAACAUAAACUGAUCACAGACGGAAAGAAUCGCCUCUCAAGAAAGCACAAGUCCAGACUGGUGCGAGAUAAUCUUUGACUGUUUUUUUUUUACGCUUGAAAACCAGAAGUUUUCUGCUCGAUGAGAACCUCGCACGGCCCGGCUUGACCAGCUUCGGACGACCAGGAGGCGCAAAAUCUACAGGUCAAAGAGUUAUUUAUCUUUUCAAUAGAUUCUAGCCAUGUGUGCAUUCAGUAGUUGGAGAUAAAGCUGCAGCAAAAGUCUGGUGUGGUUGUAAGGGGGAGAGGGAGAGUGGUGUGUGUGCGCUCUCGCUUAGUAGCCUCACCGGACUAGGGGAGGAGGAAAUCUGGGAGAGAGGGGGAAGAGAAGCGGUGUCUCCAAGGAUGACUUUAGGGGCGGAUAUGUCCGACAGCUCUGCAUUGUCCGAAGAUGUGGACAUCGACGUGGUUGGGGGUGACAUAUCCGUAGGAAAGGACGGAAAGUACAUUCACCACGAGUUCAACUUGGACAAUGACUCGGACGAUAAUUACUCCCAGAACGCGGCCGAGAGGGUCUCCUCUCCCGGGCUCAGCAGCUCCGACUGCCCGUCAGACCAAAUGGGGUCCAACGCAGAGGUCGGGACCGUGAUCGGGGACAAAACCAGAAAAAGUGCACUUGUGAAGCCACCCUACUCGUACAUCGCUCUGAUCACCAUGGCGAUCCUGCAGAGCCCCAAGAAACGACUCACUCUCAGUGAGAUCUGCGAGUUCAUCAGCAAUAGAUUCCCUUACUACCGGGAGAAAUUCCCCGCGUGGCAAAACUCUAUUCGCCACAACCUUUCCCUAAACGACUGCUUCGUGAAAAUCCCACGAGAGCCUGGCAACCCCGGAAAGGGCAACUACUGGACCCUCGACCCAGAUUCAGCAGACAUGUUUGACAACGGGAGCUUCUUGCGCAGGAGGAAGCGCUUCAAGAGGCACCAAGCCAAUGAAAUCCUCAGGGAAUCCGGUGGCUUUCUACCCGGGUUUGGAUACGGCCCGUACGGAUACAACUAUGGACUUCAGCUGCAGAACUUCCACGCAGCCCACAACCCGUAUCACCCACACCACACAGGUGGUUCAUUCCCGUUCCCUAACGCCCCCUGCACCUUGCCCCCAUCAGCCUCCAUAUUCCCUGCGCCGCAUCCCCUGCCCACCCUUUUAGGGGCAGAUUUAAGGAAGCCCUUUUAUCCUCAACUAAGCCCGUCUCUGCCGCCUCUCAAGACGGACUCCAGCACCCCGAGUCGGCCUUCAUUCUCCAUUGACAAUAUCAUCGGUGCGGCCAACUCCACCGCCUCUUCCUACAGCGCACAACCGAGCAGCCAGGCUCAGAUCCUGGCCAUGUUGACCCCAGCACUGGCCUCUGCUUCCAACCAUUUGAAUCUAUCACAGGACAGCAUAUUACAUCCCAGCCCACAGAGUCAGACUUUUUCCAGCAAAACUCCUAAUAUGAACACUUGUCCUUUCUAGAAAAAAAAAAAGUGGUGAUAUUGCCCGCUGAAAAUUUUUAUUAAAAAGCCAAUUGUGGCGUCCUCCUAUGUGAAGGUAGGCUGUACAUCCUUGGUGAAAUAAGAGUGUUUUUGCUCUCCCCGUUUCCUAACAAUGUAAUAGGAGACAAAGGUUUAUUUAUGGUUUGUAAAUAUGUGUAUAAUAUUGAGAGACAAAAGCAAGAGAAACUCUGAGAAGGAUCUUUUUAAAACAAUGCUGGCCUGAAAUCUGACAUGUGGCCUUCAUUUGUCAGUGGGAGAAAAAGAUCCUGUUAUUUUUAACAUAAGUUAAAGGUGUCACCAGAUUCUUUACAAAAAAAAAUACAAUUGAGAAAUUUAUUAUGAUUUAAAUUGUUUUUAUUUUGUGCGUCGUGAGAAAAUGGCACUGUUGUUGUUGACAUAGGCAGAGACGGCAAACUCAGGUUUUACUUAGAAAGCGAAUGGAGACAAAAGGGAGGGGGCACAAAAAUAACCAUAUCCCAUAUCCCCCCCACCCACAACAUACACACACACACACACAGGCACACACCUCCCCUACAUGGUGAAUUUGUGACAAUAUCAUUUCCUGUUGUCGGUGGACACGUAGGCUAUGUGGUUUUAGUAUAAAAGAGCGCAUUACCUCUCUCAACCUUUUUAUUGUUGUUCGUUCCUAUCUAUUUCACAAUUUAAUCUGUGAAACAUACAGUAUGUCAUGUGUUGCCAAUAGAGAGAGACACCUAAAUGUUCAUAGGUCAUUUUUUUGUUGUAACGACAAGAAUAAUAAAUGUUUGUGAAUUAAAAAAGAAAAAAAAUCGUUAAUUUAU